AUGCCACCGCCACCGCCUCCGCCUCCUCUCACUCCUUAUUGCCGCCGCUGCCCUCCCCCACACCUCCCUCCGCCUCCUCCUUCUUCCCCAAACCACUUCCUCCUCCACUACCUCCAUCAGCUAGACCACCAAGAAGCCGCCGCCGCCGCCAUGGUCCGCAAGCGCCCCGCGUCCGACAUGGACCUCCCGCCGCCGCGCCGCCACGUCACGGGCGACCUCUCCGACGUCACGGCGGCCGCUGCCGCCGGUGUUGGUGGUAGUGGCGCGCCGUCCUCCGCCAGCGCGCAGCUGCCCGCGCUGCCCACCCAGCUCCACCAGCUGCCCCCCGCGUUCCAGCACCACGCGCCGGAGGUGGACGUGCCCGCGCACCCGGCCCCGGCCGCCCACGCGCAGGCGGGCGGCGAGGCAACCGCGUCCACGACCGCGUGGGUGGACGGCAUCAUCCGCGACAUCAUCGGGAGCAGCGGCGGCGCCGCGGUCUCCAUCACGCAGCUCAUCCACAACGUCCGCGAGAUCAUCCACCCCUGCAACCCCGGCCUCGCGUCGCUCCUGGAGCUCCGCCUCCGCUCCCUCCUCGCAGCCGACCCGGCCCCACUGCCGCCGCCGCCGCAGCCGCAGCAGCAUGCUCUCCUGCACGGCGCUCCGGCCGCCGCUCCCGCGGGGCUGACGCUCCCUCCCCCGCCACCGCUUCCGGACAAGCGCCGCCACGAGCAUCCACCGCCGUGCCAGCAGCAACAGCAGGAGGAACCGCAUCCGGCGCCGCAGUCGCCCAAGGCCCCGACCGCGGAAGAGACCGCAGCGGCGGCCGCCGCCGCACAAGCAGCAGCUGCUGCGGCCGCCAAGGAGCGGAAGGAGGAGCAGCGGCGGAAGCAGCGCGACGAGGAGGGCCUCCACCUGCUGACGCUGCUGCUGCAGUGCGCCGAGGCCGUGAACGCGGACAACCUGGACGACGCGCACCAGACGCUGCUGGAGAUCGCGGAGCUAGCGACGCCGUUCGGCACCUCGACGCAGCGCGUGGCCGCCUACUUCGCGGAGGCCAUGUCGGCGCGGCUCGUCAGCUCCUGCCUGGGCCUGUACGCGCCGCUGCCGCCGGGCUCCCCCGCCGCGGCGCGCCUCCACGGCCGCGUCGCCGCCGCGUUCCAGGUGUUCAACGGCAUCAGCCCCUUCGUCAAGUUCUCGCACUUCACCGCCAACCAGGCCAUCCAGGAGGCGUUCGAGCGGGAGGAGCGCGUGCACAUCAUCGACCUCGACAUCAUGCAGGGGCUGCAGUGGCCGGGGCUCUUCCACAUCCUUGCCUCCCGCCCCGGGGGCCCGCCCAGGGUGAGGCUCACCGGCCUCGGGGCGUCCAUGGAGGCGCUCGAGGCCACGGGGAAGCGCCUCUCCGAUUUCGCCGACACGCUCGGCCUGCCCUUCGAGUUCUGCGCCGUCGCCGAGAAGGCCGGCAAUGUUGACCCGGAGAAGCUAGGGGUCACGAGGCGGGAGGCCGUCGCCGUCCACUGGCUGCACCACUCGCUCUACGACGUCACUGGCUCCGACUCCAACACGCUCUGGCUCAUCCAAAGGCUGGCCCCCAAGGUGGUGACAAUGGUGGAGCAGGACCUGAGCCACUCGGGCUCCUUCCUGGCGCGCUUCGUGGAGGCCAUCCACUACUACUCGGCGCUGUUCGACUCGCUGGACGCGAGCUACGGCGAGGACAGCCCCGAGCGGCACGUCGUGGAGCAGCAGCUGCUGUCGCGGGAGAUCCGCAACGUGCUGGCCGUGGGCGGGCCGGCCCGCACCGGCGACGUCAAGUUCGGCAGCUGGCGCGAGAAGCUGGCGCAGUCCGGGUUCCGCGCCGCCUCGCUCGCCGGCAGCGCCGCGGCGCAGGCGUCCCUGCUGCUCGGCAUGUUCCCCUCCGACGGGUACACGCUGGUGGAGGAGAACGGCGCGCUGAAGCUCGGGUGGAAGGACCUCUGCCUGCUCACCGCGUCGGCCUGGCGCCCCAUCCAGGUGCCGCCGUGCCGUUGA